AUGUACGGAGAAGAAGAAGAAGAUGAAGGAAAUGUGCUUAUCAAUCCCGACAACAUUGUCGGUUCAGCGUCUUCGUCUCCGAGAGGAACAAUCCAAAACCCUGAUUUCAAAUUUACCACCUUCGAAAACCCUAAUUUUAUCCCGAAGGAAGAGUAUGGGAUGAUGAGCAUGAUGGGAAACGGGUCAGGUGGGUCAAUCGGGUCGGGUAAUGACCCGGUUGAGGAUUACUAAAUCGAACAACAGCCUCCUCCGGCGAAGAAGAAACGCUUCCAUAGACACACUGCUUAUCAGAUUCGAGAAAUGGAAGCUUUCUUUGAAGAAAAUCCUCAUCCCAAUGACAAACAUAGAGUGAGAUUAAGUCAAGAACUUGGUCUUACGCCUCUACAAAUUAAGUUUUGGUUUCAAAAUAAACGUAACCAAAUCAAGACACUACAAGAAAGAAGAGAGAAUGUAAAGCUAAAAGCAGAGAACGAUACUCUUAGGAGAGUGAAUCAGAAUCUUCGUUCCAAUCUAAAAUGCAUCUCUUGCUCUUCUUGUGAUGGCUCCGGUGACAAACUCCGCCUAGAAAACUCCCGCCUCCGCCAAGAGCUUGAUCUGUUCCGCAGCAUUGCUUCGUUGAUGAAUCCUCCUCUUUCUCCACAAGACACUGCCAGUUUCUUCUCGGAGACUAAUAACAGCAAUGUUAAAUUGAUUGCGGAGGAAGAAAAUACGAUUGCGAUGGAUAUUGCGGUUUCUUGUGUUCAAGAAUUAGCAAAGAUGUGUUACACAAAUGAGCCUUUGUGGAUUAAGAAGAUAUCAGACAACAACAACGAGAGUUUGUAUCUGAAUGAGGAAGAGUACUUUAAGAUAUCCCAAUGGCCUCCAAUGGAUAAUGAUCAUAUUCGCAGAGAAGCUUCAAGAGCUAGCACAGUUGUCCUCAUGAAUAGCAUAUCACUCGUCAACGCUUUCCUUGAUGCAGAAAAAUGGUCGGAAAUGUUUUGUUCAAUUGUGUCAAGAGCCAAAACGAUUCAGAUCAUUUCUUCUGGAGUUUCUGAAGUUUCUGGAGCAUCUGGUCCUCUUCUUCUGAUGUAUGCAGAGUUACAAGGACUAUCUCCAUUGGUACCAACAAGAGAAGGUUACUUUCUUCGGUAUGUCGAGCAAAAAGCGGAAGAAGGAAAAUGGAUGAUUGUAGAUUUCCCGAUCGAUAGCUUUCACGGUUUGAUCAACCCAGAUUCAGCUACUACUACUGAUCAAUACCGCAGAAAACCUUCUGGUUGCAUCAUUCAAGAUUUACCUAACGGAUACUCUCAAGUCACGUGGGUAGAGCAUGUGGAAGUAGAGGAGAAGCACGUGCAGCACGAGGCGGUUAGAGAGUAUGUAAAGAGUGGUGUGGCCUUUGACUCUGAACGGUGGUUAUCAGUGUUGAAGAGACAGUGUGAGAGGAUGGCUAGUCUCAUGGCUACAAACAUUACCGACCUUGGAGUUAUACCAUCUGCAGAAGCGAGGAGGAACUUGAUGAGGCUGUCACAGAGAAUGGUGAGAAUUUUCUGUCUGAACCUUAACGGUUCAUACGGACGAGCAUUGUCUGAAUCAACUAAGGACACAGUUAGAAUCACGACCAGGAAAGUUAGUGGUGGUGUUGUUCUUUGUGCCGUAUCCACCACGUUUCUUCCUUAUUCUCAUCAUCAAGUCUUUGAUCUCCUCUGCGACGAUUAUCAUCGCUCUCAGCUGGAGAUUUUGUUCAAUGGAAAUACACUUCAAGAAGUUUCCCAUAUCGCUAAUGGAUCUCAUCUCAGAAAUUGCAUCUCUCUUCUUCGUAACAUCAAUGUGGCGACCAAAUCAUCGAAUAAUGUAGAGUUAGUGCUUCAAGAAACUUUCACUGAUAUAUCCGGUAGCCUUCUGGUUUACUCCACUGUGGACGUCAAAACCGUCCAGCUCGUUUUGAACGGCAAGGAUCUUUCUAGUAUUCCUCUUUUACCCCUCGGGUUCUCCGUUGUUCCCGUGAAUCCACCGGAGGGUAUUUCCGCCAAUUCGCCGUACUGCUUGCUCACUGUUGGGAUACAGGUUUUAGUGAGCAACGUAGCCACCGCAAGACUCAACCUUUCCACCGUCAACGACCGCAUCUGCUCCACCGUGAAACAGAUCAUCUCCGCCCUAAAAAGCUCCGGAUCCUCCGCCGAGCCCAAACAAGAGAUCAGCUGGUGA